CACCUUAGAGAUGCAUAUCUGCAAAGAAGACUGCAUUAUAGCUUCAAACAAAAUGUAUUUUAAACACAUAUGAUAAUGCUUAGUCCCUUUAUCCCAAUAGCCAAGUAGAAAGGUAGCUCACGCAAUACAGUUGAGAUCUGCACAAUUAAUAUGCAAAAGAUCACAAUAUAUUUGUGGCAAUAAUGUAUGCGCUUACAAUAUCAUACUUCACAGAACGCUACACAUGUAUAGACACUGUAUAUGACUCAGUGUUUGUGGGGUGUUACAAACAAAUAUAACACAUGGCUUUAUCAUUGCCAUUUCAUCAGUGAUUAGAAAUGUGUAUCAGAUCUUGACUAUAUUUGCACGUCAUUAAUAAUAGGUAAAUUGGCAUAUUAUAUAAAGGAAUAGGAAAAGAACAGACUACAAUGAAAGGGUGGCGUUGUGAAGUGACGUGCAGCUACAAUAUUGGUAAAAAAAUUGUCAGAUUUGUCUAAUAGGUAGCAGAUAUCUCGAAAGGAAUGCAGUGAUAUUGGUGUUUUCUUCUUGAAGCAGCUCCAAAAUGAUGAAUGGAGCUGGGCUCGCUGGUAAAGUAUGUGACUUUCUGUGUUCUGCUGGCUUCUUGUGGGAGUGCUGUGAUGUGAAGUAAAUGAAGUGAUGAGUAGAUGUUAAAUCGUUCCUCACUUGAAGGCAUAUUACAUGGUGGCGAAGCUUUUGAUUGCCAUCUGCUGUCUCUGACACAAACUAAAUUUCUUUCAGUAGCUCUGCCCUGGCUCACAUUGUGCCAACAUCUGCUAUGAAGGAAUUAAUAGUUAGAAUAGCUGGUCUGUUAUGUGUAGUAGAAACAAAGCAUAUAGGGUAUGUUAGCACUUUUCACAGGGAACAAACGAGUGGACAAGGGGAUGGAGACCUACCACAACCUCAACAUACAUUUACAGGAACCUCAAUAAAGGAACUGCCUGCACUGACUUACACACCAAUAUGACAUCUACUGUAGAAGACAUUAGUGCUGUCAUCAGGGGUUUACCUACAGUAAAGGUAGACCUAUGCAUACUCAUGUUUAUUUUCUAGGGCAUUCAUAAGCAUACGUGGUGAGAGACAGCAGUUUUUCCCACAGCAGCUUCCAGUUAUCUUUAAGUGGAAAUAACAAACAAUCCACCUCAUUAUCAUGACACAGAUUGGGUCAAAAUCCCCUUGUUAGACUACUCAAGCACACUAAUUGCAUCCAAAAGCACUUUAAGACUUGUAGCACGAGUGCGUGUGAGAGCAUGUUAUAUGUUGGAAGCACAGCUCUGCUUAUAACUGAUUUUCCGUGUAGAUUUUAACAUUAAGACAGUCUGAGAGGUCAAAUCUGCGACAGUCUUAAUGCUAUUGGAGAAAAGAGUCCAGACUUUGAUUGUACUGUGUGAAACGCUGUAAUGGAAAGUAAUUAAAAACAUUUUCACUAUAUAAAAAAAAAGAAAAGUUUGCGUCCUGAUGACUACAUGUACCAGAAUGCACAGCGGCUGUCAGAUUCAGCCGAGCACGGUUACUGCUGUACUGGCGAGGAGCACACUGGCGUACGGGCUGGCUUGCUCGCUUUCAGUGCUUCAAACAUGGAUCAAGACAACAAUUCAGAGGAUGAGUCAGUUGGCCCAUCGGAGGACCCUUCAGAAGAGGAACUGCCUUGUCUACCUCCAGGGCUCUCUGAUGGUGAAGCAAUGAAGCUGCUGUGGCAGUUGCGGUCCCAGCGUCGCCAGCCGUCCCCUGAUCUCCCUGAGACAGUGACCCGUCUUACUGCCCCAGACGGCAGCGUCUUAUACCUGGUGGGCACUGCCCACUUCAGUGACAGCAGCAAAAAGGAUGUGGCCACGACGAUCCGCGCUGUGCAGCCAGACGUGGUGGUGGUGGAGCUGUGCCAGUACAGGGUGUCUAUGCUGAAGAUGGACGAGAAUACACUGCUGAGGGAAGCCAAAGACAUCAACCUGGAUAAGGUUCAGCAGGCCAUUAAACAGAAUGGGCUGAUGUCGGGCCUCAUGCAGAUUCUCCUGCUCAAAGUUUCGGCCCACAUCACAGAGCAGCUGGGCAUGGCUCCAGGAGGAGAGUUUAGGGAGGCCUUCAAAGAGGCUGGACAAGUGCCGUUCUGCAAGUUUCACCUCGGGGACAGGCCGAUCCCUGUGACGUUCAAGAGGGCCAUUGCUGCUCUCAGUCUGUGGCAGAAGGCCCGCCUGGCGUGGGGCCUUUGCUUUCUGUCAGAUCCAAUCAGUAAAGAGGACGUAGAGAAGUGCAAACAGAAGGACCUGCUGGAGCAGACCAUGUCAGAGAUGAUCGGCGAGUUUCCUGCUCUGCACCAAACCAUCGUGGCUGAAAGAGACAUCUACCUCACACACACGCUCCGCCAGGCUACACGCUGUGUGGAGUCCCCUCAUAACGCCCAGAAAGUGCCUGCUGUGGUGGUGGGAGUUGUAGGGAUGGGUCACGUCCCUGGCAUAGAAAGAAACUGGGAGAAGCACCUCAACAUUAAUGAAAUCAUGAGCGUUGCACCUCCCUCACGUUUUGGCUGGGUGUUGCGCACAGUCAUCAAGGGUGUGAUGAUGGGAGUGCUGGGAUACGCCUGUUACCGUGCUGGAGGGAGUUUAGGUAGAGUCUUGCUGACUUUACCUGCAGUCCAAUCUAUACUGGAGACCCUGCGGCCGCCCCCUGCUCUAAGCCAACAGUGACACGACCUUUGAUCUAUUAAAACAAUGCAUUUUUCACACAAUGGCCUUAAAACAGGAGGUGAGGCUGGAGGAACGGUUUCACCAGCCCGCACUAUGAACUCACAAGGACCUCAGGGGGUGAGGAGCCUCCCACCUCGUAUUGAAGUCCCUGUAGAUGCAGCAGGGCCGUACUGCCAAAGAAACCAUGACAGUACUCUUCAUUUUCUUUCGGAUUUUGUGCAAAUCAUGCAUUUUGUAAGGUUAACAAAUGCCAAUAACUGCUUUUGAAUAGAUUUACAUUUCCCCCACCAUUCCUUUAAAUGACAGAGUAUCAUCAGAAUCAUAUUCAGUCACAAGCCCUCAUAUGACUGAGGCAUUCUUUCGAGAGGCAAACUUUUCUACCGCUGUCUCCUUACUCCUUCCUCUUUUCUGGUGCCAGCCAGCAUUUUUGGGUAAUUUGCCCAUUUCAAGUCCAGCACUUUAUAAGAGAGUCUUGUACUGUACAUGCAGAGGAUGGAAGGGAAAAGAAAGUACAAUAUCAGGUCAGUCACUAUACUCAUAAAUCAUAAAUGUAUUCUAGGAAUCAUUUUGGUGCAUUGAGGGACCAUCAUGGUGUGAGUCAAUCCUGGAACCCAUCGGCUGUUGUCUGAUGACGAUUAAGCUUCUGGGAGCAAUGACUUAAUAUUUAUGGGGUUUGCGUGUCCAGGCCUAGAUUUCCUCUUUGUGCACUGAUCAUUGUUUCCAGUCCGAUUAGCAACCUGAGAUGCGAGAAUGGAGUUUGAGUUGAGGCGACGUCUACGACCACAUUGUUUCACUCGUAGCAAGUUUAUUUUUUACACAUGGCCCGAAGAGAAUCAUUAGUUCUUAUAAUUUUAUCAAAGACAAUUUUGUAAUCUGGCUUUGAAAACAAUUUGUUUCUUUUAUUACAUGAGUCAAAUAUACACAGACAUAGGAACUUUUUGGUAGGUUUUGUAGAUCCAGACAACACUUCAGCUGAUCUCUAUAAGCAGAUACCUGCAUAUGAAUGCAGAUACAUUGUCAGACAUGAACCGAUGGUUUCCAAGAUUGCAUUUAAGCCAACGCUCUAGACCUCCUUUGCUCUCCACAUGGACUGUUUGCCUGCAUGCAACCAAAGCCUGCUCAAACGUGAUUGAUCAGAAAACGAUUGAUCGGAAACCAGCAUACCAUUCUGAUAUGAAAAUCUUGUCAUGUUGCCUACAGAUUCUGCAUUCAUAAGAAGUAUUUGUUAAUAGAAAUUAGGUUUGAGGCAAAUGUAAAAAAUGUCUGAAUUUGGAAAUUUUCUUAAUUCAUGAUAAAUCUAUCAUUUCAAAUGCAAAUAUUUCACAUCAGACAAAUGAUUUCCCACGGGGCACGGUCCUGCCCACAUCAACAGACAAGUGCCUCAUAUUGCAGCAGUAAGGGCUAAUGGUGAAUUAAAUAGAAUGGUAUAAAUGUGUGUUAUAUGCAUCUUACACAUACUGCAACCAAAUGGUCAAUGCAAUUUUCUAAUACUCUGUCUUUAUAUGAUAAUACAAUAGGCCUAUUUUAUAAAUAGUGUUGCCCUAAAUAUAAACCAUGCACUAAGUGUUGUCUUGGCUUCAGUGAAAAUGGUACCAUAGCCCCUUCAUUUUCUGCUCACAUCAUCAUAAAUUCAGCAUAGACCUGACGCAGGACAGGCUUUAACGUGCCUCAGGAUGAGCAAUGCAAUUAUCUUGUAAUUUGUGUGUUUGAUUGUAUCUCCAAUAUGAGACACUCUGGCAUAUUGGCUUUAACUGGCUCCAUCUGUGCGUAAGCGUUCAUAUACUUGACACAAAAAUAUGCAUCUUGUACAGAAAGACGUCUUUAAAAACCUCCACACAUGAACAUCUGUCAUUCAGCACACCAGCUGUUUGUACUUUUAUGAUAUAUGCAUUAUCACUUGCCAGUCAGAUUGUAGAAUGGGGAUUGAAGUGUUAUAAUGAAAUUUGUUUCCAUCAAAUUGAGGAUUGAACGUCAACGUAACAAUUUCUUAGUGGAAUUCCCAUCCAUGAAAAUUUGUUAUGGACUUGUUUGGAUGAUGAUGAAGGAAACUGACAGUUUAGAUUUGUGAGAGUUGGGAGGUAAAGCCUUAUACUGCUAUCACUGCUGCCUUUGACCCUCAGAUCGCCUCCUCUGCUGAGGCUUUAUAUUACCAACACUGACCUGCAUCCAUAGUACAGAGCUUCUUAUUGCACGUGUAAAAAAAAAAAAAUGGCAGAACGGCAUGCCUGGAGUGUUUGUUACUGUAUGUGGGAGAUGUCCCAAUAAAUCCAACAGCCUGAACAAGGUAUUUACAUGGUUACAAGACCAGAAACCAACAUCAAUUUCCAGGUAUUCUCAAUCCUAGUUUUAAGUGAUUUUUAAUGUACAGUACUGGAAUAAUUUAGAUGUAUUUAUAAGAGAUAUAAAAGGAGUUAAUUUGCUGUCUCUAAUUUAUGAAAUGGUCAAAUUGACUAAUAUGGGACAUGAGUGCAGUAAAUGAAGCCGUGCCACAAACAAUAUUAAACCACUUGCAAGUCAUCCACACAUUAAACUAACUCAGACAAACAGUCUUCCAAUUAAUGAAAACAUGAUCUUGCUUAAGUAAGAGAUGAGGAUGUUGGGAACAGAAGUCAUGCCUCUCAGUCCCUCAGCAGUAUAAUAUAGUUAAACAUUAUGUGUCUGUCUGUCUGUCCCCCAAAUAAUUUCCCAAAGGUGUUAUCUAUAGUAUGUUUGAGAAUUGCCAAGUGAAAACUGUAUGAAUGCCUGUUUGCUGUAACGUUUGUUGACCCAUACCCUCGUGUGGCAUUGUUAACAAACCAAACAUUAAAUCCUAACUUCUGUUAUGAAUUAUUAAAAGAUUUUAAUUAAAGAUUAACUGUUAA